GGUAGACAUAUUCAACGUGUCAAUCAUUAUCUUGAUUAAAUAUUAUGAAUGUCCUCAUUGGUUGAAAAUGUAAUUGUAAACAAUCGUUACACAGGGUUUAAUAUACUUGAUAUACCAUAAAUACAGCUGUAUACAAGUGGGGCCUAUAUUCCAGAAAAUCCCGGUUUACUAAGAGAAAAAAGAUGAAAGGAAUGAAUGCAUUGGUUUUCCUCCUGGGUGUUUCCAAUGUUCUUAUUUCUUUACCCGUCCAAGGUCAAGAAAUAGUUGCCGUCAAACCAUUUCCGGAAUGUACGACAGACUCCGAUUGUGGCGAAUUUGUUAACACGGAAUGUAGACUCAAUCCAGAUGACCCUUCCUCAUCCAUCUGUACAUGCAAGGAUGGGUUCUUGUUCUGGCCUUUACCUUUCCGAGUACAAGGCUGUCUAGCCGAGUGUGAUUUUGUGAACAAGGAGAAUUCUGGAUGUAACCAUGGUUAUUGUGGAUUUGAUGGGAAUCCCUAUCCAACAUGUAUCUGCAAAAAGGGAUAUUGCGGGAAACGUUGUGAGAAAAAGGCAUGGAGAUCGUUUGAAUGAUUUGGGUGUCUGUUCGAAUAUGGGAUUGCUUGCUUCUUUGGAUGUCAAAAAAUUGCUGGCUUCCUUCAAGAAGAAACUGAAUAAUCCCUAAAAAGCUAUUUUUCCAUUGUAUCAUUAUCUUUGAAAUAAAAAUA